AUGUUUUGGCUGUCUUUGUACUUUUUCUUUGAUAUUUUUUUAUUCUUUUUUCAUAAAUUUUGUUUCUUUUGUUUUCUUUAUUUUUUUUCCUUGCAUUCAUUUUUGCUUUUUUUCCAUAUUCCUUUUUUCUUUCGUUCGUUUUUUCUUCCUGUUUGUUUCCAUUUCUUCUUUUAUGUUUCCUUGUUUUUUUAUUGCUUAUUAUUUUUGUCUUUCAUCCCUUAUUUCUUUCUUUAUUUCUUUCAUCUUUUUUUUUUAUCUUUCUUGAUUUAUUUAUAUUGUUGUAUUUUUCCGCUUGUCAGUUUUUCUCUCUUUUCUUUUCUUUUCUUCAUUGUUUUCCAUUUAUUUUUUCCUUUCUUUCUUUUCUCAAAUUUACAUUGUUUCGACAUAUUUGAUUGUCUUCAUCAUAUUCUUCAUUGUUUUCUUUUCACUUUAAAUAAAGUUCUCUUUUAUCUCUUUUUUUAUUUCUCAUUUGACUUUAAAAUGGACCCGCCAUUUGAUGUCCUUUUGCGAAGCAGCUGCAGAUUUAUUCCACGUGUCCUUUACCACCAUAUCGCCCAAUCUGUUCUUUCUUCAUCCUCUUCUUUCAUUUCACCGGGCACCGAAAACGUUAAAACCUUUCUUCUCCGAGUUUUUUCUUUCUUAAUUACAAACAUUUUCCUUUAUUCACAAUUCACGUCCUUUGCUUUUAUUUUUCUUUCUUUCCUUCUUUUUAUUUCCUAUUUUCUUCCCAUCGUCUCUUUUUCCUUCCUCAAUUCAAUCACUAGUCUCUUUAUUUUUCUUUCUUUAAUUCUUUCCUUCUUCCUCUUUUCAUACUUCAUUUUCCAGUUUCUUCCACUGUUACUUCUCCCUUUUUUCUUCCACCCUUUAUACUUCCUUCAUCGCUUUCUUCCUUAUAUCCUCUUUCUUUCUUUCUUUCUUUCUUUCUUUCUUUCUUCCCUCCCACAUUAUUUAAUUAAUUCGUUUAUUCAGUUUUCUCUGUCUUCUUCCCUUCCUAUUUUCUUCCUCAUUUUUCCUUCACUUACUACUUUCUUUCCUACCUUCCUUCUUCAAUUUCUUCUUCCUUUUUGUUUCCUUUUUCUCAGCACGUUUUUCUCCUUCUUCGUUUCAUUUUUUACUUACUUACUUCUUCUUCUUGUAAAUCCUUCCUUGCUUCCUGCUUUCUGA